GUGAUGUUUUACUUUCUCUUCCCUUUAGAAAGUGUUGUGGUCUAACAGCAUUGAUUCUAAGGAGGAAUAUUCAUUACAGCAUUUGUCUGAAAAACCAACAAGAGCAUUGAAUUUAUUUAUUAUUUUUUUGCAACAGAAAGGAGUAAAAUUGCACAUAAAAUUACACAGUUUGACCUUUCGAUUUAUUUUGACAUUUCUGUGCCCGCUAUGACUUAUCUUGUGGGCGUUAAAGGUUUUGUCCGUAAUUUCUAAAGCCGAUAAAAAUCGCCCCCCGGUGUUUCAAAACUCAGAUUUUCUGAAGUGAAACCAGAACUUGACUAACCCUGAAAUAAAAUGAAGCAACAUCAACGUAAGAACAACAGAUUAUAGCUUGCCAUUCAAGGCACAGAUGCAGAUUUUCUAGGCACUGUACACACACACUACAGCUCAUGAUAAGGUUCAAAGCCACCUGGAGAACUCCAAGUAUCAUCUCCACCAGGCCCAGCAAGUCAAACAAUAUUUGACUUUGGGCAACAAGCACGCCAGCCAGGCCCACCCGAUCUCCCACCCUCACCCGGGACAAGUCCUUGGCACAGUGUCCGUCAUGCGCAAUGGACACAUGCCACCCAUGACCGACGGCAGCACGCCAGGGAGUCCCGUCACCCUGCUCACGCUGGCUAACAAUCACGAGAGCGAGUUUCCAAUGGAUGAAGUUAUCGAUGAUCUCAUUAGCCUUGAAACCGGAUUCAAAGAUGGGGGUUUGGAUUGCAUGGAGCCAGGCAUCAUGAUGCAAAACAACGUGUCCCUGGAUAGCAGCAUGCUGGAGAUGUACGGCGGUGACCAAGAACCUGAUACAAGAGUCAUGGCCAAAGAAAGACAGAAAAAAGACAAUCAUAACCUAAUUGAAAGACGGAGACGAUACAACAUCAACUACAGAAUCAAGGAGCUUGGAACGCUGAUUCCCAAAUCAAAUGAUCCUGAUAUGCGCUGGAACAAAGGGACGAUUCUCAAGGCCUCGGUGGAAUACAUUAAGUGGCUACAAAAAGAACAGCAGCACGCCCGCGAUCUGGAGAGCCGACAGAAGAAACUGGAACAGGCCAACAGAAGACUUCUGCUACGAAUCCAGGAACUCGAGAUCCAGGCUCGUGCCCACGGCCUGCCCAGUAUGGCCACUUCUAUGGGAGCUGUGGAGGUUUCACCUCACCUCCUAAAGCAGCACCAGACCCAAGUGACCACCCAUGCGCCCACUCAGCCGGCUCCGCCACCCCUUUACCCUCAGGAUGACCUAAGCAACCCUGAAUACAUCCAGCGGGCACAACUGCCGUCGACCGUGGUUGUCGGAAACGGCGGAGAAUCGAAUGAUGGCUCCAACACCUUCUCCGACCCUCUGUCUCAUUUCACCGACUUCUUCAGCAGCAGCCUAAAAGAAGAACAACGACUGGAUGAGAUUCUGAUGGACGGCUCUCUAUCACCUUUCGGCACAGACCCGCUUCUGUCCGCUGGGUCGCCCUCCGCGUCCAAGGAGAGCAGUCGAAGAAGCAGUUUCAGCUCAGAGGAGACGGACGAACUCUGACCGUCUGUACGACGACCUUUGCCCUUUCAUAUGUUUUUAAUGCUGUGUAACUGACCUCCCGUUUUCCAUUGGAUUACAGAGAUGAUGGACGACACAGCCAUCUUUCGCCAAUGUUGAGUCAGACACAUCUAAAAAGGGAGAUUGACUGAUCUACUGACAUUGAUCUACUGUACAGCCGGUUGAAGUGUAUGAAGACAAGUGCAAAAACACUGGGUACAUACAUCCACUGGAUUAUUAAAUGUAUAUUUCUAAAAAAAACAAAUGGCAUUGUUAAUAUGGACCAGUUAGGGAUCUUUUGUGCCUUAUCUUACGCUGGCUAACUUUUAUACUUUUGACACUGUACGCAAUGCAAAUGUUAUUAUGCCUAACAUUUUUCGAUGUUUUUAAUACAUAAUGUAUUUUUUCAGAAACAUUUGCUUAUGUAUUUAUGUUUUUAAUCCCUGAAUUUUGUACAA